AAAAAAAAUAUAGCAAAGCCUCCAGGUUCGGAUCCGGAGCUAUCAACGGCCCAGAUUAAAUCAAUCAUAACGUCUUUCCCUACUUUAUAGAGCGAAGACACUGAUAGAGAGAGAGAAAUUUUCACAGAGGGAAUUUUCGUAGCUUUGUACUUUAAUAGUUUCGUUCUCUUCAGUUUCGAGACGUUUCGAAACGAGAAAAGGUUAGGGUUUUCAAAAAGAAACGGUAGGGUUUGCGUGAGUGAGAGAGAGAGAGAGAGAGAAAUAGCUAUGGCGGAGGAGCAUCGUCAACACCGUGAGGAGGAAGUGAAGGUGGAGGAGAAGGAGUCGCUGUUGGAGAAGAUAGCGGGGACGAUCCGUGGCCACGAUGAUUCGUCUUCGGAUUCGGAGGACGAGAAGAAGAAGGAGAAGGAGAAGGAGAAAGAGAGAGAGAGAGAGAAAGAGAGAGAGAGAGAGAGAGAGAAGGAAAAGAUGAAUAUUAGCUCGCCACCACAAUCGUCAUCGUCGAUGCAGAACAAGAUUUACAGGCUCUUUGGGAGGGAAAGGCCGGUUCACAAGGUUUUCGGUGGUGGCAAACCUGCUGAUGUUUUCUUGUGGAGGAACAAGAAGAUCUCAGCGGGAGUGCUGGGUGGUGCAACUGCUAUGUGGGUUCUGUUUGAAUUGCUUGAAUACCACCUGUUAACUCUCGUUUGCCACAUCUUGAUUCUGUCUCUUGCAGUUCUGUUCUUGUGGUCCAACGCAGCUGCAUUUAUCAACAAGAGUCGUCCACACAUUCCAGAAUUCCAUAUCCCAGAGGAGCCUGUUCUUCAGGUUGCCACUGCAUUGAGGAUUGAGAUCAACAAUGCUUUUGCUUUUCUGCGGGAUAUAGCAUCCGGAAGAGACCUAAAGAAGUUCCUCUCUGCAAUUGCUGGCUUGUGGGUUUUGUCUAUUGUGGGGAACUGGUGCAACUUCUUGACCUUGUUCUACAUAGCAUUUGUUUUGCUACACACACUGCCAGUGCUCUAUGAGAAAUAUGAAGACCAAGUGGACUCAUUUGCUGAGAAGGCACAUGCUGAGUUCAAGAAGCAGUAUGCAGUUUUUGAUGCAAAGGUUUUGAGCAAGAUUCCUAGAGGACCAUUGAAGGAUAAGAAGAGGGACUGAAAUGGCAAACAUUAUUGCGUUCUCAAUUAGCUGACAAUAUCUGGUUAGCUAUCCAUGAUUGGCAAGAACCCUGUUUUCUUCCUCUUUUUUCUAUCGUCUUCAGGCUCACAACAUGGAUUAUUAUGGGUUUUUCUUUUUCUUUCUAGUACUUGUUUUUACUACAUAUAUGGCUAAUUUAAAUGGAUCUGUUUGCUUUUAGCGACCUGGUAAUGUGUUCUAUAUAUUGCAGAUUGAUUAGUGCCAUGUAUAUUUAGUUGUAAUUCUACAUUUUAAUGUGUUGGUUUUGUUAUUUAUUUAAAUGCGGGUUGCUUUGCAUUGUU